AUGGAUCUUGUGGCCGGGGCAGUGGGCAGCAUCGUCACCAAGCUCGGCGAGCUCCUGCACGGGGAGUACAAGCUGCAGAAGGGCCUGCCGGAGCAAAUCGAGUAUCUGAAAAAUGAGCUCGAGAGUGCGCACACGGCUCUCCGCAACUUGGGUGAAACGCCGCCGGAGCAGCUGGGUCCACAGGUCCGGCUCUGGGCUCGCGAGGUCAGAGAGGCGUCCUACGACAUGGAGGACAUCCUCGAUGCCUUCCUCGUCGAUGUCGUGGAGGGGGCCGACCCUGCUGAGACUAAAAGCAAGAAAGGCUUGCUUAAACGUCACAAGAAGAGGAUGGCCAGGCUGUUGAGGACGAGCAAGGCCGCCCCUGCUGAGACUAAAAGUCUCAAGGAGAAGAUGGACAAGCUGUUGAAGACGAGCAAGGCGCGCCACGACAUCGCUGGCGCAAUCGAGGACAUGAAGAAACGACUCCAGGAGGUGUCGUACCGCCGCGACAGGUACUCCAUACCCGUUGCAGUGGCUGCGCCGGCCACCAAACUGGAUCCUCGCCUUGUGGACAUGCACAAAGAGGCAGCACAGAUUAUCGGCAUCGAGAGGACGAGGGCGGAGCUCAUAGCCAUGCUUCAGUCAUCGACCAACGGCCAUGGAGAUGCUGGCACCUCCAGCAGCAGCAACCGGACCAAGAUAGUUUCUGUGGUCGGAGCUGGUGGUCUGGGCAAGACCACUCUUGCCAAGGCGGUUUACGACAAGCUGAGUACGGGAUAUGACUGUCGAGCCUUUGUUUCGGUUGGCCGCAAUCCUGACCUGGUGCAAGUCUUCACCAGCAUCUUCUUUGGUCUCGACCAAAAUAUGUACCAGGCCAUUCGUGAUGUAAAGGACCUACAACUGCUCAUUGGCGAACCUCCGAAAAUUCCUUGA